UUUAUUUUGCAUUGCAAAAAUCUCUAAAACCCUAUCACCGUCGCCGGAAUCUCUUCGCCGACGAUGGCCUCCGUCUGCAUAUCAGAAUGCGUCGACAACGUCUGCGUCGUCCCGGGCGGCCGCCCGACCCACGUGAACCUGCAGCGGUGUCCGGAGGAGGAGAACGACUCUGCAGAGAGAGAACGCCGCCGCCCACGGCCGAGAGGGGCUCGCCGACAAAUGUAUCUGAGGAGCUACACCUUUUCUAGAGAGGACGCCGUCGCCCCUAAAGGUACAACUCAGCACUGCCUUGGGAAGCUCAGGUCAUUUCGGAAGCCGGAGGAGAUCCGCGAAGGGCUGAGGAAGAGGAGGAGCCGCUGUUUCGCCGUUGCUAGGACCGCCGCCAAGCAGGGUUCUUCUGGUGGUGCGUUGCUGUCCAUGUUUCGACGGUUGGUUUGUUGUGGCGGCCGGUAAGCAAUGGUGAUUUGUGGAAUCCAAUGUUUUGGUUACAUUUUUGUUUUCUUAGU